AUGCGGCCAGCGUUGCUAUGCACUUUAGCGCUAUAUCUUCUUCCGAUUUCAUCUUCAACUCGCAUUCCGCUAAGGCGGGCCCCUGGCCGAACAAGUAGACCGCGUCUGCAAAGUACUCCUGUAUACGACCGCGAUGUUGAUGAACGUGCUACUGGAGAUGGUGGCGCUGUGGAUCUAAAAAAUAUAGAGGAUGUGAUAUACAUUGCGAAUGUUACUGUUGGUGGCAAAGAUUAUGUGUUACAGCUCGAUACCGGCUCUUCUGAUCUUGUCGUUUCUUCUCCGGUUUCACAUGUGGCAAUUUCAUCAAUCCCAUUGAAUUUAACAUAUGGAACUGGAGCGGAUUCUGGCGCGGGGGGAUUCAUUGGGAAUGCGAGUGUCGCAUUUGCUAACCAAAACGUACCAAAUCAAGCUCUGUUAGUUGCCGAUACAUUUAACAAUCCCGUCACAAGCUUUGGUGCUGUCGGAAUAAUGGGACUUGGCUUCCCCUCGUUAUCUAACAUAGAGAAUGCGAUAUCCAAAACAGGAGGGAAUUGGGGAAAAACUUUCCUUUAUAAUGCUUUCGCGCAAAACACCAGUGAACCGAAUUACAUAACAUUUUCUCUGACGCGGGCUGAGAACGGGACACUAUUGGAUGAAGGAGGGUUCACUAUUGGUGAAUUAGAUUCGGCUUAUACGGAUGUGAUGUCAACAAGUCCGAUUCCGACUUGGCCUGUGUCAAAUCCAACGCGUUGGAACAUACUUAUCGACGGAUACGAGGUCUCAGAUGGAGCGAAGACUCUAACUUCGAGUGUAUCUUCCGUCCCGAAUGGAAAAGCAGUUGUCCUUCUUGACACGGGAACUGCGUAUGUAUACGCACCAUCAGAUUUGGUGACGGCUAUGUAUGGAAAUGUGCAAGGUGCUACGUACGACAGCAGUGCUGGUCAUUGGGUCUACCUUGUAAUCAACAGCGGUCGUCGGAUCGAUUUGCAUCCCCUGGACCUUGUUGUCCCCGUGCUCGGUAACAAGAACAAAUGUAUUGGAUCAUUUAUUCCACAGAGCUUGGGUGAAAGUGGACAGUAUGAUAUUGUUGCUGGCGAUGUCUUCCUCCGAAAUGUCUACACGGUCUUCGAUUUUGGUGAUUACACAGAUUCGUCGAAGCUCACAAUGGGAGAUCCAUACGUGAAGCUUUUGCCAACCACCAACAUCUCCCAGGCCAUCCUUGAGUUUCAAAAUCAGCGAGGUGGCUCAUCGACACUCAAGGUGCCCUCUAAUCCCGGCACGGGAUCUGGCUCUCCGACACCAUCCCCUUCUCCUACAUCCACUAUCUCCCUGGAUGACCUUGCCCGAAAAGUGAACCAUAUCGAAUCGUAUGGACCAGCUCUAUUUGCUGUACUAGCCGUUAAUGCUGUCAUUAUGCUUGUGGUUGUCAUCGUCGGCAUUAUGUGCCUUCGACGGCGCGGCGGGAGAGACCGGGCGACCGGGGACACUCCGGAUGAUGGGCCGCAGCCGAAAUCUGGUUUCCUCCAGAAUCCCUUUUCAUCUAUGGGUUUCCGCGGUCUUUCAAGGGCCGGCAAGCGAACGAAGAAACGGGGUCGCAAUGGACCAGCCAACAAUACGAUCUCGACGAUGGAGCUCGCGCCUAAUAAUGGAGACAACACCGAGGGAUUCAGUUCGAAUAAUCCUGGGUUUUCGUAUCGUCCGGUUUCGUUGCAAAAUCCCGAUGCAGCGUACAGAGGUGCUCCUCUGUCAGAAACGUAUCGCAUGUCCACCGUGAGUUCCGGCUUGAGGAAUCCCAGCAUCAGUGCGAACCUCCUGCCUCCUUCCUCGCCCACGACGCCUGGUAUGGAUACAGAGACUCCAAUGCCAGGGGGAGGCGAGGACGGAUUGUACGAUAAUCCAGCACGAUACAGACAUUCUACGUUUUCGUUCAGAACGGAGGCAUACAGAGAUUCGGCGGUGCUUUAG